AUGGAGACCCUUCCUCAAGAUUUAAUCGAUCAAAUCGUCUCUUACCUGCUGCCUGAGAACUUCAAACCCAAGGGAUCAUACGAUAAGCGUGGCAAGCCUGCCCUGCCUAUUGCGCCUCUGGCAGCACUCUCGCGACGCCUGCGUGCCUCGGUGGAGAGAUUGACAUUCAAGUACAUCAAGAUCAACAGCGAUGAACUUGCUGAAUUUGGUCAAUUGCUCACGCCUGCGAGGCGUUCAUUGCUGGUCGGGUUGACCUUUACCGUCAUUCUCCCAUCGUACGAUGCCGCGGCCGGGUUGCGAGCCGAGUCCCCCGCAGAGAGAGCUGCAAAUGAUGAAAGCUACACACAGGCCAUAAAAUCAUUGUGUCAAACCCUCAAGAGGUGGGAGACGGAGGAUCUAGAAAGCAUCGUCUGUCGCAUGGCGCUCACCAUCAAUCAUCCGGAGUCACCGAGCGACCGCCCAUGGCCAUCCGAGGUCGCUCCAUGGAGCCCAGGAUCCGGCACGGAGGAUGAGUGUAUUCAUGAAGGCCGCUAUUUGCAUUCAUACAUUGACCUUAUGCAUCCGGAAGAGCUACCCGUGCUUAACAGGGUCAAGCACCUGAACAUGUUGCGGCCGGAGGCCACUUACGCGCACCGAAACGUCUACCCCAAGGUCCCCAUGCUCCUGGCCUCCAAGAUGCCGAACCUGGAGAGCGUCAAGUUCGGCAUGGACGACGAUGAGAAGCGGUUUCCAGACAUACGGAAGCGUAAUCGGGACGAGGCCGCACACGCCAUUCGACAACUGUCGCUGCCGGCGUUGAAAAGUGCCGACUUCCACUUCUUCCUGCGGAGAUAUCGGAAUGAGUCUGUCUCGCCGCCCGUUCUACUUGACCCAGGCAUUCCCGACCCACUCAGCUCAGCAUUUUGCGAGUUUUCUCACAAUCUCGUGAAUCUUGAUCUCACAGGCGUCUUCGACAUCUCCCUGCUCCGCCCUCUCCAGGGAUUAAGCGAGACAUCUUGGCCAAGGCUCAGAUUCCUCGACAUCGACUUCCACGCCACCACUCCAUCAGGCGGCUGGUACUUCACAAGCCGCGAAGGCUGCCCUGUCCCUUCGUCAUACAGCGGAGUGCCUCCCGAUCCUCAGUACAACUACUCAAAUCUGCACGAAGAACAGUUCAGCUUCCGUCGGGAAGCUGACUACGCAUUCCUAACUCCUGUCGAAGUCUUCCGAGCUAGAGUCAAAGACGAGACACUCGUGCCUUUCAUCGAGGCAUAUGCCGACGCACUCUCGGUUAUGCCCAAGAUCACCUCGGCCGUGUUCAACUGCCAACUCGAGGACAGGUCCUUUGACGACGGGGAGCCCGGGUGGUUCAGCAUCGCCUUCUUUGCGCCUUGUGUCAACGCGAAGAAGAACGGCCCGAAGCAGGUAUGCACUAACUGCAACCGCACCGCGACGCGCCAGCUGGUGACCUCAUUGCUGGGAUGGGUACCCGGCGAAGAGUUGGCCGCCAAGUUGCGAGGCAUCAAGGAUGCAUAUUCCAAGGCUCCUAUGGUCGAAAUGGAUAUCGUCGAGUACAUAGAAGAGAACCAGGAGGCUAUAGGUUAG